AUGGUCGAGGGACGCCAUAAGCGUUUUAUGAAUUUGAACCGCAAUUUGGAUUUAGUCCAUCAGAAAUUCAUCCUCGAUUGUGCUAAUGCAAACAUUGGACCAACUUUAAGUUUUAGCUUACUUAAAGAAGUGCUUGGUGGAUUAGAUUAUGUAGGGUGUACACUUUUAGAAGUGCGCAACUAUAGACGUGACCUUAGAGCAUACGUGGAAGAAGCUGAUGCACAGAUGUUAUUGAAUGAGAUGCGAAGGAAGAAAGAGCUGUGUAGUGCAUUUACAUAUGAGUUUGAGGUCAACUCAAAGGAUAGGCUGACACGAUUGUUUUGGUGUGAUCCUACUGCCAGAAGAAACUACCAUUUGUAUGGUGAUAUUGUGUCGUUUGAUACGACAUACUCAACCAAUAGGUAUUGUAUGAUAUUUGCUCCUUUUACGGGCAAGGAUAAUCAUGGUCGCCUUGUGACAUUUGCUGUUGGCCUUUUGUCCAAGGAAAAUGCCAACUCCUUUUCAUGGUUAUUUAACCAAUUUGUAAAGUGUAUGUGUGUGGCUCCCAAACUCAUUGUAACGGACCAAGACUUAGGAAUGAAAGUUGUUGUUGAGGAGGUCCUUGUCAAUACAAGACACCAGUGGUGUAUGUGGCACGUUAUGAAUAAAGUUGCUGACAAAUUGCCAAAGAACAUGAUUGGUAGUGAACAAUUAAAGAAGGAGCUUAAUGCAUGUGUAUGGUCAGAGUUGAUAGAACCUGAUGCAUUUGAGGAAACUUGGCAUGCUAUAAUGGAAAGAUAUGGGCUGGCCAAUAAUGUCUGGUUUUCAUCAAUGUUUGCAUCCAGAAAAUUUUGGGUUCCAGCCUUUUUCCGUGAUUUUCCGAUGAGUUCGUUGAUAAAGACAACUUCUAUAUCCGAAUCGCAGAAUAGCUUCUUCAAAAGGUACUCAAAGUCUCGGGCUAAUCUUAUGCAAUUUUAUAUGAACUUUAAUCAUGCUCUGGAGACUCAAAGAAGUAAUAGUGCAAAGCUUGAAUACUAUGAUUCAACAAAAGUGCCUAUUUUGCGAACAGGAUUGGAAAUCGAGAAACAUGCAUCGACGAUAUAUAGUGGUAGUGCUUUUAAUGAAAUUCAAGAAGAGAUAGUAUAUGCAUGUUUCUCUUUGUCUUGUGCAACUCUAGGAGUGUCUACCAGUAGAGAUACUGAAGUAUAUGACAUAAAGGACAAGGAUUCAAACUCAUGGACAGUGACUUACUCCAUUGGUGAUGACACAUAUUUGUGUGGAUGCAAAAAAUUUGAAAGACUUGGUCUAUUGUGCAGCCAUAUAUUUUGUGUGUUGAAAUAUAAUUUUGUUAAGCUGAUACCCGAGAAGUUGUGUGGAGGAAGAUGGUUGAAGUCACAGUUUGUGAAGUCAAUACAUGUAGGUUUUUGUGAUCAAGAAAUACACCUUGCUGUGGACAAGAAGAAGAUUGCAUAUAAAAACUUGUAUGCAUUAUUCAUUGAAACAGCACAAAGCAUUAAAGGGAACAUUGAUAAAAUCAAUGCAUUCGCUGCAAUUAUUGAAGAAGGUAAGAAGCAGCUUCUUGGAGAAGGUGUUGUUUUGUCUUCCACACAAAAGAGCGCAAUGAUUGAGAACUUUUAUGGCUCACAUGUUCCGACCAAUAUUGAAGUUCAUCCUCCUGAUGUUGUUAGUACAAAGGGAAGUGGAAGUAGGCAUAAAUCGUAG